GUGUAAAAAGAUCCCUAUAGUUUUUGGUGAAAGGUGUAACAAAAGUCUAAUUUUUUAAAAGGUGUAACAAAUGCCGUAACUCAUACAACCAUUUCUCUACAGAGCCGUGGGUAAGACAUGCCUCCUCAUCAGCUACACGACCAACGCCUUCCCCGGAGAGUACAUCCCAACAGUGUUUGACAACUACUCUGCCAAUGUUAUGGUUGAUGGCAAACCAAUCAAUCUAGGGCUCUGGGAUACAGCAGGUCAGGAGGACUACGAUCGCUUGCGUCCACUCUCCUACCCACAAACUGACGUCUUUCUCAUCUGCUUCUCUCUGGUCAACCCUGCCAGUUUUGAGAAUGUUAGAGCAAAGUGGUAUCCAGAAGUGCGCCAUCAUUGUCCCAACACGCCUAUAAUUCUGGUGGGGACAAAGCUUGAUCUUCGGGAUGAUCGUGAAACCUUAGACAAGCUUAAGGACAAGAAACUUACUCCAAUUUCCUACCCUCAGGGUUUAUCAAUGGCUAAGGAGGUCGGUGCCACAAAAUAUCUGGAGUGUUCUGCCCUAACCCAGAAGGGCCUCAAGACAGUGUUUGACGAGGCCAUCCGUGCCGUGCUCUGCCCCAUUAAACCCCCAAAUAGGAAACGCAAGUGCGUCCUCCUCUAAGACCCAGCAUCUAGGUACCAAAUGAGUGGAUUUUUGAAUAGUUGUAUCAAGGCUUUGGAAUCAUGUUGACCACUUGUGAUUUAUCAACUUGUCAAAUUGGCCCUAAGUAUUGGUAUACUUCUCCUUAUGGCCACUUUGCUCAGAUACAUCAUAGGAUGUCUUACAAUUUGAUUUUGAAGUGAAUUGUGUAUUUCAUGUUGACAGUGACUAUACAUAUAUCAAGUGAUUCUUUUCCCUUGACGUUGAAGGAAAGAAAUGUCCAUUUGUGGGACAAAAAAAUCAGUGAAUGGAAAAUGGCAGUUGGACAUUGAUAACUUGGGUCACAGUUACUCUUGGCUCAUGAACGGCUAAAUUUUUUAUACAAAGUCUUAUGAUGGCAGAUAGUGUAGGGUCCCUUCCCAGGUGUUGUACCCUCUAACUUUUGUCUUGAUUUAAAGCUAUAAAAAAAUUAUUUUAAUUUUGUAUUACUCAUCAGAACGUUGUAUAUUUGCAGGUAAAGCCCAAAUGGCUUUCAUUGCACGAGCACAAAUACCUCCUUGAAUUGUACUGGAAUUUGACAUGUUUAGUGUAAUCAUAUAUUUGAGGUCCAGGUCGUUAACCUAACAGCUGCCUGUUUGUAUUAGUGUUCUACAGCACAGAAUCACACAUUAUUUGCCUCCAUUACAUUUGUAUAAUUUUAUAUAAAUAUAUAUUUUAUUCAUUUCCAUGUGAGCAGUACGGUAGUGAGAUUAUAGUCCAGUAAAUAGUGUACCUCCCCCAGCAGUCGACACACCGUAUGCACUUAUGAUCUCCGAGAGAACAUAAUUUGUGCCUUGUUGUAUUGCUUUUGGGAAUUGUAACAAUAUAUUCCAGUUCAAUAUGUGAACUAGAAAAUGUUUGGAUAAUGACAUUCAAUUUUUGCCUUUUGUUGUCAAGGGAUGAUGUGAGCCAUAAUGUGUGAAGGUGUUGCUUUGGCUGAUGAGCUGCAGAUAUUGUACAGUACCAUAUUACUACCCAGUGUCUCUUAAAGGAUUAUACAAUAUUUUUAAUUUCACUUAUUUUCUCUAAGGAUUAUCAAGGUGUAGAAAUAAUAGUGAAAAGUUAAUAUAGUGUUUUGAUAAGACUUGCAGUUGACAUAUCUAAAAUAUAAACCAGAGUUGGUAUUUGUAUUGUUCUUUACAGUUAAGUGAUGGCAGAUCUUUGCAAGAAAACCUCAAGGGUUUUAAAUUUAUAGCAUUUUAGUGACAUGAAAUAAUCGAGUGAUAAAAAGAGUGAGAACUGCAGCUUAUAAUUACUGUUUAUUGUGUGAUGGGGACGCUGCUUUAAUGCUUAUAUGGGCUGUUCUGCACAACACAGGAAGUAUGUAUGAGGGAAAUAAGUGACCAAAAUAACAUUAAUAUCUGUGAUCAUUAUCAGUAUAAUUAUCAUACUUCACCUGGACUGUUUUCAUAAAUUGUGCACAAAUGUAAUAAAUUUUAGAUACUGGAUGGAAUAAUGUUUUCUGUAAAGGUCUUUGUUAUGUCAUUGUGUUCAGACUUGUUACCAUUGGUCAAAUAUUAUGCUUAGUAGUCUAGUUCAGCAACUUUAUAACCUCUGAGAUACAAAAUUAGAAGCAAAAUUAUUUCUUGAGGUUAUUUUAUAUUUAGUACAUUUGAAGGUAUAGUUACUGAAACAUAUAGUUAAGUGAUCUCUGUUUCUUUAGUGUUUGUAACUGAGUUAGUUUUGAAGGAGUAAAUCAUGGCAGUAGAUUAAAUUAGAAUGGUGUACUGGUAUGUUCAAGAAGAAGCCUUACAACUCAAAACUCCUCACAUUUCCAUAUAACCACAUACUUUGGUGCAACUGCAUAGUCAACAUUGGAGUUAGCAAUGUUAGUUGUUAAAACUGAAUAUCCAGAACUUGAUCUUCACAUUUCCAUAGUGAUUCAAGGAUCAUGAUUUAUUGUAAGAUGCCAACAUGUCGCCGUUGAAAUUUGGCAAGUGCUUUUAGAUAGCCAGGGUAUUUUAGCACUUUUUUGUAAGUGCUUGUAUUAGCACUGCAAUUUUAAAGGUCUGUAUCCCACUACCUGACAAGAAGGGUUUACUAAGCAACAUAGCUGUUAUUGCUGACCUGCCGCUUCACUCCAAGAAAUGUCAGUCAAACGAGCAUGUUUCUUGUGCCAGAUGGCACAUAUCUUAGGUAAUCAAGCAACAAUAAUUAUUCAGUAACAACAGAUGCUAUGUAGUGUACAGUUUAAUGUUUCAGACAAGGCAUUAUUAUGUCAAGUCAUACCCAUGUAGUGUUCUUCCUGCCAUCCAUGUUGCUCUUGCUGUACUGCCCUUUAUAACAUAACAGGUGACUUAUUACCAACAAAACUGAUGUGUCUAGUUUUAACAACAACUGUCUUCAACAUGGGUAUAAUUAUUUAGGUUAUAACUGCUGACCACAAGUUUUCAUUACACUACAAACUAAACUGUAUUGUGUAGUAAACAUUUUUUAUCAGAUAGUUGGAUUUGUCUGGUUUCAUCUACCACUUCAUUACAUCCAAAAACAAGUUUAUUCAUGAAAAAUCAUUGCAUGUUCUAUUGUUGUUGUUUUUUAAGUUGCUUUACGGUAAGUGUUGAUAGUGAAAAUAUUCCUUGUACAUAACAUUUUAUAUAUGCUGCCAAGGUCAAUGAUACCUGUUGGAUGAUGUAAGAUAGUGAAAACUAAAGUGGCUUUAACUAUGGAUUAAUGUUGUUUUAGAGCAUCUUGUGUGUUUGUAUGUAUAUAUACAUAAGUGUAAGAUGUAUAUAUUAGUACACACUACACAUUAAUAAAACCACUACUGUAAAAUUAUUGGCAUGGGACUCUAUUUUUUUAAGUUUGGGAACAAUAACUUUCAGAUAUUUUUGCGCACAGCAAAGAAUUUAUUUUCUUGUUUGUAACCAAAAAUGGUGAUAGAUUUUCAAGACUAUAAAUUAUUGUUCCUUAUAAACAGAUUCAGAUAUUAAAACAUUCAUUAUCUUCCACCUUUCCAAUAAUAAUAGAAUGUGAUGCCUUUGAAUAUAUUAAUACUCUAAAGGUACUUGGCUUGUAGAUUUUUUAAUACAUAUAUAUAUAUUAAAAUAAUAUAAAUGAAAAAUAUGACAUUAUGUCUUUACUCACAAGAUGCAUCUCCUCUGAGCCUCCUUUAACAGUUCAGUGUAUCGAGAGAGGUACAGCCGUCUCCCUCUAGUGACACGCUGUAGUACCUUUAAAGUAAUUCUCAUAUUGUAAGUUUUGUAUGUGAUUGGUAAUGGAAUGCGACCAAACAUCUUCACAACCCUGGCUUUCCCACGUGUAACACGGUAUUGACGAGGACUAGUCUUUGUGACCCGUCGUGUGUCGUUGACAGUUGAUAAUUUGGCAGUGAAGAACAAUAAUGUAAUGGGUCAUAAAUACUAGUCUUUAUAUACUGGUUCUAUUAAAUGAGUUAAUGUGCUAACCCCAAAAAGUGUUAAGUUUUAAUUGUCUAAUAUAGGAUGUGCAUUAUCUUCAGUUCUAACUUUUUUAAAAAUAUUUCAAUCUGAAGUCAGUCUAUAGCAUGAAAAGAACAUUUGUAACAUUGUAUAUACAUUUACAUACAACACUUUCUGCGAUGGUCCUGCACACGUAGGUUCAUAAUAACUAGACAGAUAUGUUUGUUACUUAAUUGACACAUUCUCCGAUAUGAUAUUUGUGAUUUAAGUGUACGUAUAUGUGGACCAUUUAGCCUCGGUCACCCAGGAAAGUAUUACUCUGCUUAAAGUAAGGGUUUGUCCUUUACACUCAUUCAUGAUUCUGUUCAUUCUGUAGUACUGUACUACUUGUUGCUGUCUCAGAUUUUAACUAUUCAUUUGUGAUUGUAGUAAUUAUCUCGUCUUUCUCUUUUAAUCUAUUCCGUCAUUUACUUUACUAACUGAUGAUACUUUUCUGUCUGUCUGUGAUUUGUGAGGCAAUUCACAUUGUUUACACUCUUAUGGCAAAUCCUUCAAGGAUGUGGUGGCCAUGCCAACACGAGGAAUACUUCGGUAAAUAUUUUGAUUGUUGCCAGGGAACUGCAGCACUUUUAAGGUGUACAAGUGGCUGGCGACAAAAUAUUCGGGGAACAGUAAGUUACACUACCCCACUAUUGUUGUGGAGACGAGUGUAAUUGAUGAUUAAAUUUGAUUUAGCAUUUUCUAAAUAGCGAUGAAGAAAUACAAAGUUAUUUUCAUGCUUCUGACAUUCUGUAGAACACAGUUUAAUUGGUAAUUAGGAGUUUCAUAGGUGCUACUUUGAAUGUGAAGCCAAGCCAGUCAUCCUGGUGUCUGGUUAUAUAUCACUCCCAUCAUAAACGGCUGAUGAAAUUGUCUCCUCCUUUAAGCAAGGAUGUGAAGUGGCGUACUUCCCCCCCCCCUCCCCCUUGCAGGCUAUGGACAUUGAGCAUUGGUGUAAGCAUUUUCAAAUGGGAAGAAGAUAAAGGUUCCAUCCAUUUUUGUGUAUUUUAUGGCAUUGAAACCAAUAGAACAUAAACUAAGAAUUCUUGCCAAAUGCUCCUGUUGGAUACAGUAUUGUAAAGAGGCAUAAAAACAUAUCUUUUAGAUGAUGUAAAGGAUGGAGUUAAAAUAUCAUUUACUUUCACAAAUUAACUACUACAGUAUUUUAAGUAAACAUGUAUGGACAGCCUUAUAAAUUGUUCACUGUUAAAACUAAUGAAACCAAUUAAGCUGGUCUUUCCAGCACUAAUGGCAUAUACAUUUAAUAUGUAAUCUUUGCCAGUUUUGUCUGCAUUUGGCAAGAGUUCCUUGUCCAAGCUGUCAAGAAUAAUGUAUUUGUAUGAGACCUAAGUAAUACAAUGGGCACCACUUGUCAUUUUGCAUAGCCUAAUUGUGCACAAAGUUCAGUGAUUAACAUGUUGAAGUUUGUAAAGUGUUUUUACAUUUGUAAAUAGGGAUGUCAAGAUAUGAUGAAAUAAAUCUGUAUAAUUAU